AUGAAGAUGAUGAUCAGGAACUUGAAUGUGAAUGUUGAAGUGUUCAAGUGGGACCCCAUGUUAUUGAAACCGGAAGUAGAAGCACUUUCAGUUUCCUCAGGUGGUUUGUUUAUGAUCAACGUUAAUUACCACCAAACCCCAACUAGCGAGCUGUGUGCUGAGAAAACCCUAGUUCAUUUGCUACACAAGUGUCAUCACCAACAGUUGGACAAUCUUCACACUACAAAACAAUAUUUGGAUCCUGAUAAACCAAUCAUUUCUUUGGAUCUCCACCUACUUGUAGAAAAUGUUGAUGAGGUCAGUUCAGACGAUGGAAGUUGUAACGAUGACAUCAAGAUUCGUGAACACAUUUGA